AUGAUUGAUAAGGGGCUCUGUGACCUGGGAGCAAGUAUCAACUUAUUGCCUCUGGCCCUCAUGAAAAAGCUUCAAAUCAAUGAGCUAACACCCACAGAUGUAAUCAUCAAAUUGGCUGACAAAACUAAAAAACAGGCUAUAGGAGUGGUUGAGAACGUGUUAGUGAAGGUUGGGAACUACUUCCUGCCCAUGGACUUUGUUAUCCUGAAAAUGGAAGAGAACCCCAUCCAUCCCAUUAUCCUGGGGAGGCCAUUUUUAGCCACAGCCAGGGCGCUUAUAGAUGUGGAGCGAGGAGAGCUAGUAUUAAGGAUACACGAUGAACAGCUCACCUUCAACAUUUUCAAACCAUCACAAGAAGCAGAUCAUGAUAACAAAGAGUCAGAGGAAGAUCACAAUGAGGGGCUGAUGGAAGAGACAAACAUGGAAACACAAGCACCACACCUGAAAAUUCCCAUUGGUGACAACCAAUGUGAUCAGAAGGAGCAACAGCCAAGUGUAAUCCAAGAGGAACUAGACCCACUAGAGUCAUAUGAGACAAGCAACAAAACCCUCCUGAAAGAAGAAACCACAAGGAGCAAAGUGACAUCAAGGAACACAAGGAAAAAGGCCCCAAGGGGAUGGAGAAACAAGAAAAUCCCUACAGAAGAUUUCUCUCCAGGAGAUGAAGUGGUCUCUGCCCACUUUCCAUCUAUACCACCUCAUUUCCCCACCAUUCCAUCUCAGCUGCCGCCAGUGUACACUAUCAACAAAAUCUUGUCCUUAGAACAUGUAGAGCUUCUUAAUAAAGCCAAUGGAGACAAAUUCACUUCAAGGGGGGAAGAUUUGAAGCACUACUGA